AUGCCGGUUCCACGCCUGAUCCAGGGGUCGACGGCGCUGCUGCCGCUGCUGCUGCUGCUGCUGCUGGCUGCGGGCCACGUAGACGGGUACAAACCUGUCCUCAUCGUACACGGGAUCUUUAACGAACCCAAAGACUUCCAAAUGCUCACCAAGUUUAUUAAAAAGGUGCAUCCUGGGACAGAGGUGCACGUUAUCAACCUGUACAACAACCUGAACAGCCUGAAGCCCAUGUGGGAGCAGGUCCUGGACGUCGGGAAGGUCGUCAGCAACAUCAUGUCAAACUUCCCCAACGGCGUCCAUCUGCUGGGCUUUUCACAAGGUGGUCUCGUGUGUCGAGCAGUUCUCUCCCUGAUUCCGAAUCACAACGUUCACAGUUUCAUAUCGCUGUCGUCUCCGCUGGCUGGACAGUUUGGAGUGACGGCGUACCUGAGUCAGGUCAUACCCAAACAUAGGAGGAAGAACUUCCAGAAGCAUUGCUACAAACGAUACGGACAGAGGCUGUCAAUCUGCAACUACUGGAAGGACCCCCACCUCAAGGAGGAGUACCUGAGGAACAACAUGUUCCUGCCGCUGCUCAACGGGGAGAAGCCCCACAGCAAAAUGAAAGAGUGGAAGAAGAACUUCCUGCGCAUCAAGAAGCUGGUGCUUAUCGGAGGACCACAGGACGGGGUCAUCACUCCUUGGCAGUCCAGCUUAUUUGGAUUCUACGACAGCAAUGAAAACGUUGUGGGAAUGAGGAGCCAGGAGUUUUACAAGAAUGAUGCCUUUGGUCUGAAGACACUGGAUGCUCGUGGCGAUUUGUUGAUGUGCGUCGUCCCCGGAGUAAUACACAGCGAGUGGAAGAUGAACUUCCAGGUGUUCAGACUCUGCAUGGAGAAGUGGCUCACAUGA